UUUUUCUGGAAAAUUUCCAAGAUUAAUCACAUUUACAAUUUUUGAACUCAGAAACUUCAAGAAAAUUUUUUUUCUUCUCACAAAUGUAAAAUUUUUUGAGUUCAAAGAAUGUCCAAGUUUUUGAGAUCGAUCUCACAAUUUUUAUUUUCUUGCAAAUUUAUGACUUUUGGAGCUCAGAAAUGUCCAAGAUUUUUCUAGAAACUUUCUAAGAGAAAUCUCGAAAUUUGAAUGUUUUUUAUCGCAAACUAUUUGAACUCGGAGAAUCUCAACGUUUUUUCUGAAAUAUUUCCGAGAUUCGUUAAUCUAAAAAUUGCUAAAAAUUUUUUUUAACAAAUUUACAACUAUUUUCAGCUCAGCUGAUAUUCUUGUUUUUUUUUCCCUCCUAAAAUUUCUGAGAUUAAUCUCAAAGUUUCAGUUUUUUAUCAAACGUGUUCGACUGUUAUUUCCAAGUUUUUUUUUUCUGAAAAAUUUCUGAAUUUAUUCUCAAAAUUGCCAAGUUUUUUUCUUGCACAUUUACAUCUUCUUGAGCUCAAAGAAAGUCCAACUUUUCUCUCUAGAAAAUGUCUAAUCCUAAUCUAAAAAUUUGUGAGUUUUUUGGCGGAAAUUUGCUCUAUUUUUCCUACCUACGGUGACCGUAAGCCGGAGCACCGACUGCCAGCGGUUUCCAGCCCCGCAGCCAGGCUGAGCAUCCGGGAAGCGGAACCUGGAAUGCCGCUUUGCUUUUCUUUCCUUCCACCCUUCAGACCCGGCAAUGAUGGAGCAGCAAAAAGCGACAUGAUUGGUGGAUACAGCAGGCAGCGGCGGAGAAAUGCAAACCCCUCGGCUUUGUUGCAUUAGAGGGGGGAACGCCGGAUCCUGCGGUGGGAAGCGGACUGGAUCCUCCCGCAGCUCUGCGGUAAGAACAAAACCCAGACACACAGCAAUGCGAUUCAGUGAGAAGGGUGAAAAAAAAGAAAAAAGGAAACAGCCCGGGGGUGCCGCGAUAGCUCUCAGACAAACCCGGCUCGGUUUGCUUUGCGUGACAGCUGCGGGACCAAUGGAAACAUGCGGGAAGCCAGCUGCGCUAAAGGCUGCAGCCAAUGGAAAAUGUGAGAUCCGGAGAGCCGAGGUUAGGCUGGCUGCAGCAGCCAAACUUCCCAGUGAAAUUUAAAAAAAGGCUGUUUGUGUUUUGGCUGCUGCAGAGGCCAUUUUAGGUAAGAAUCGUCCUCUAAGUUGGGGAUGCGGGGCGAUGAUGUUUGCGGGUGCAGACGGGAGCUGGAGUCCCGCAUCCAGGCUGAACGCGGUGCGGGCUGCUGGAAGCUUUAUGUGGAUUAAAUAGAUAUUCCACUCCUCUUUUCUCCCUCCCUCCCCAUCCCUCUCUCCCUCCCUCCCUCUCCGUUGCGUGCUAAUUUUUUAUGCAUUUUUCUAAACUGUCAUGGCGAUUUUGUGUCCUUGGAAAUAAAAAAAAGCAGCGGGCGCCUCUUUUUCUCCGCUUCUCGGGCUCGCCGGGGUGAGACUGCGGCCGGGAGUCCGGAGCAGAUGCUGUGAACGGAUAGAAGAUGAAAAUCCUCAAGAAGGACAAGCAGCAGAUGUUCACUGGCCUCCCGAAGCACACGCCGCCUACAGCCUCCCCCGCCGCCGCCGCCGCCUCGGAUCAAGGCAGCAUCGCACAAACCACAGUUCCCACAAUCCCUCGGGGACACCUGGUCGUCGGCUCCAAGGACCAGCUCCGGAUCCUCACCCCAGUGGGCAGCACAUCGACGGCCAAUCACUGUGCGGCGGUCGGCCUGCACGCCGCCAGGUCCCAUGCCUCCUUGAAUGAGGAAGAUGAGGGAGGAGGCGGGGGCAGGGUGAAGAAGAAACGAAAGAAAAAGGACAAGAGGCAGUGGGAGAAAGUCGAAGCCGAAGAGGAGGAGAAGGAGAGCAGCAAACCAAAGAGACAAAAGGAGGAGAAGGAGACGACUGUGCUGACGCUGAGAAGGAGCAAAGAGCCGAAGGAGAGGAAGGAGCGACGCACCAAGGGGAAGGGCAGCCGGAAGGACAGCGGCGCAGAUCCCAGGAAUGCGGCAGGUGGGAAAACCUCGGAGCCGCCCGCGGCUUCUGGCCCGGUUCCAGUCCCGGUCAAAAUUCCUGGGAAAAGAGGUCGGAAACCGAAGGUUAAGGUCCUCCCUCCUGUGCCGGCGAACCAAGCAGGGCCUCAAGUAAACAACAGCCAGGCCGCCCAGAUCCACGGGAAGAGUCAUGGCCAGGCCAACAGCAAGACUGCAGCCCCCACGGCGCCAAAGCAGAGGGGCCGCAAACCCAAAGACCCAGGUGCGGCGCCGCUGGAGAAGAAGAAGAAAGGGAAGAGGAGAAACCAGGAGCUGGCCAUCCAGGAGGGGGCGGAGAGCGACGACACCACCUCAACGUCGGCCCUCAACAUGGGAGGCGACGACAGCCAGGACCCCCUGGACAGCGCUAAGCGGCGUUCGGGUCGACAGGUCAAACGGAGGAAGUACAACGAAGACUUGGACUUCAAGGUGGUGGACGACGACGGAGAGACGAUCGCCGUUCUGGGAGCCGGACGCAUCUCGGCGCUCAACGCCACGGCUCUGGCAUGGCAGGCAGAAGAACCUCCAGAGGACGAGGCCAACAUCAUCGAGAAAAUCCUGGCUGUCAGAAAAAUGAAGAAAGAGACUUCAUCGGAGGACCAAACGGAGGACAUGGAGGAGUUUUAUGUCAAAUACAGAAAUUUUUCCUACCUGCACUGCAAAUGGGCCACUUUGGAAGAGCUGGAGAAAGAUCCCAGAAUCCACCAGAAGAUCAAACGUUUCAGGACCAAACAGGCUCAGAUGAAGCACCUGUUCACCGAGCCCGACGACGACAUAUUCAACCCAGACUACGUGGAGGUCGACCGCGUCCUGGAAGUGGCCGUUACCACGGAUACAGAGACGGGCGAGGAGGUGACCCACUACCUGGUGAAGUGGUGCAGCCUGUCGUACGAGGAGGCGACCUGGGAGCUGCAGGAGGACCUGGACCCGGAGAAGAUCCGGGAGUUCGAGGAGAUCCAGAAGCGGCCGGCGGACCUCAGACACAUGGAACGCCCACCUCCAGAUAAAUGGCAGAAGCUGGAGCUCUCCAGAGAUUACCGGAACGGAAACCAGCUCAGAGAAUACCAGUUGGAGGGAAUGAACUGGUUGAUGUUCAACUGGUACAACAGGAAAAACUGCAUCCUGGCAGAUGAGAUGGGUUUGGGGAAGACGAUCCAGUCGAUCACGUUCCUGUACGAAAUCUUCAACAUGGGGAUCCGCGGGCCGUUCCUCAUCAUCGCCCCGCUGUCCACCAUCACCAACUGGGAGCGGGAGUUUCGCACCUGGACGCACAUGAACGUCAUCGUGUACCACGGCUCGCAGAUCAGCCGCCAGAUGAUCCUGCAGUACGAGAUGUUCUACAGAGACCAGCAGGGCAACACGAUCUCAGGCGGGCUGAAGUUCCACGGCCUGAUCACCACCUUCGAGAUGAUCAUGGCCGACUGCCCGGAGCUGAAGAAGCUGCAGUGGCGCUGCGUUGUGAUCGACGAGGCCCACCGCCUCAAGAACAGGAACUGCAAGCUGCUGGAGGGACUGAAGCUCAUGAACCUGGAACACAAGGUUCUUCUGACUGGAACGCCGCUGCAGAACUCGGUGGAGGAGCUGUUCAGUCUGCUGAACUUCCUGGAGCCGCAGCAGUUUCCCUCAGAGAGCUCCUUCCUGGAGGAGUUCGGAGACCUGAAGACGGACGAGCAGGUGAAGAAGCUUCAGUCCAUUUUAAAACCAAUGAUGCUGAGGAGACUGAAGGACGAUGUGGAGAAAAAUCUGGCGCCUAAAGAGGAAACCAUCAUCGAGGUGGAGCUGACCAACAUCCAGAAGAAAUACUACCGGGCCAUCCUGGAGAAGAACUUCUCUUUCCUGUCCAAAGGAGCAAAUCAACACAACAUGCCGAACCUCAUUAACACCAUGAUGGAGCUCCGAAAGUGCUGCAACCACCCGUACCUGAUCACAGGCGCGGAGGAGAAGAUUCUGGAAAGCUUCAAGAAGAGCCACAGCCCGGAGGCGCCGGACUUCCAGCUGCAGGCCAUGAUCCAGGCGGCCGGGAAGCUGGUUCUGAUCGACAAGCUGCUGCCCAAGCUGCUGUCGGGGGGCCACAAGGUGCUGAUCUUCUCCCAGAUGGUCCGCUGCCUGGACAUCCUGGAGGACUACCUCAUCCAGAGGCGCUACACGUACGAACGCAUCGACGGCCGAGUGCGAGGGAACCUGCGGCAGGCGGCCAUCGACCGGUUCUGCAAGCCCGACUCGGAUCGCUUCGUGUUCCUGCUCUGCACCCGGGCCGGAGGCCUGGGAAUCAACCUGACGGCCGCCGACACCUGCAUCAUCUUCGACUCGGACUGGAACCCACAGAACGACCUGCAGGCUCAGGCUCGAUGCCAUCGGAUCGGACAGAGCAAAGCGGUGAAAGUCUACAGACUGAUCACCAGAAACUCGUACGAGAGGGAAAUGUUCGACAAGGCCAGCCUGAAGCUGGGUUUGGACAAAGCCGUUCUUCAGGACAUCAACCGUAAAGGAAGCCUCAACGGGGUGCAGCAGCUUUCUAAGCUGGAGGUGGAGGAUUUGUUGAAGAAGGGAGCGUACGGCGCGCUGAUGGACGAAGAAGACGAAGGCUCCAAGUUCUGCGAGGAAGACAUCGAUCAGAUCCUGCAGAGGCGAACGCAGACCAUCACCAUCCAGUCUGAAGGGAAAGGCUCCACGUUUGCAAAGGCCAGCUUUGUGUCGUCCGGCAACAGAACGGACAUUUCUUUAGACGAUCCAAACUUCUGGCAGAAAUGGGCAAAAAUCGCUGAGGUGGAAAUCGACUCCAGAUCAGAGAAGGAGUCCCUGGUGAUCGACACGCCGCGCGUCAGGAAACAAACCCGCCACUACAACUCCUUCGAGGACGACGAGCUGAUGGAGUUUUCCGAGCUGGACAGCGACUCGGAGGAGCGGCCGUGCCGGACCCGUCGCCUUGGCGAACGCACCCGGCGGUACCUCCGCGCAGAAUGCUUCAGGGUCGAGAAGAAUCUCCUGAUCUUCGGUUGGGGUCGGUGGAAGGACAUCCUGAACCACGGCCGCUUUAAAUGGCACCUGGCGGAGAGAGACAUGGAGGUGAUCUGUCGGGCUCUGCUGGUUUACUGCCUGAAACACUACAAAGGUGACGACAAGAUCAAGAGCUUCAUCUGGGAUCUGAUCUCUCCCUCUAAAGACGGACAGGACCAGGCGCUGCUCAACCAUUCGGGUCUGUCGGCUCCGGUUCCUCGGGGCAGGAAGGGGAAGAAGCUGAAGAACCAGCUGAACGUUCCUGAUGUUAAAAACGCUGACUGGCUGGUCCACUGUAACCCUGAGGUGGUGCUGCAGGACGAGAGCUACAAGAAACACCUCAAACAGCACUGCAACAAGGUGCUGCUGAGGGUGAGGAUGUUGUACUACCUGAAGGUGGAGGUUCUGGGUGAGGCUGCUAAUCAGUCUCAGGAGGGGGUACCUGCCAGUAAGCUGGAGGUGUCGCUGCCUGACAUCGACUACAUUGAGAUUCCAGUGACUUGGUGGGACACGGACGCUGACAAGUCUCUCCUCAUUGGAGUCCACAAACACGGAUACGAGCGUUACAACGCCAUGCGGGCCGAUCCCGACCUCUGCUUCCUGGAAAGAGUUGGGAUGCCGGACGUCACAGCUCUGUCUGCAGAGCAGGGAGGAUCGGAGGCAGCCGCCGAACUGACGGACAGCUGUAAAACGGAGGAGGCGAAGGAGAAGCCGGAAAACAAAGCGAACGGAGAGGAGGAUCAAGACGACAACAGACAGGGGGAGGAAACCUGUUCCAGCAUCGACACAUCAGAGAAACCCGACAGCACGGCUCAGGCCGAGGCGGCGGACCAGCCGCAGCAGAAAGACGUUCCAGACUCUCAGACGCCAGCCGACCCGUGCAACCAAGAUGGACCCCUGGUUACCACGACGACGACCGGCACCGGGUCGGGCGUGGCGUCUCUUCACGUCGUCCAGGCGCGGCCGCUGUGGCCCACCGGCCCGGCCCUGACGGCCCGGUUCCGCCGCCUGAUCACGGCCUACCAGCGCUUCACGCUGCGCAGGGAGCCUGUGCUGCGGCACGACUUCCUGCUGCACGACGGCCUGGUCGGCAUGGCGAUGGGAGGCGCGGGCUCGGCUCACGGUCACCACGGUGGCGGGCCGCUGGCCUGGCAGCUGGGCGAGGAGCUGAGGAGGUGCUCGGUGGUUUCCACGGAGACGGAUCCGUUGUUCAUGGAGUGGCAGAGGAGGUGGACCCGCCGGGAGCAGGCGGACUUUUACCGCACCGUUUCGUCCUUCGGCGUCGUCUACGAUCCGGAGAGGAAGGCGUUCGACUGGUCCCAGUUCAGAGUGCUGGCCCGGCUGGAGAGGAAGACGGACGAGAGCCUGGAGCGAUACUUCAACUCGUUCGUCAGCAUGUGCAGGACGGCCUGCAAGCUUCCGCCGAAGAAGGAAGAAGAGUUGGAAGAUCCGGGCGUUCUCGUGGAGCCGCUGACCGAAGAGCGCGCCGCCAGGACGCUGUAUCGCAUCGAGCUGCUGAGGAAGAUCCGAGAGCAGGUUCUGCGCCACCCGCUCCUGUCGGCCCGCCUCCAGCUGUGCCGGCCGUCCCUCUACCUCCCCGUCUGGUGGGAGAGCGGGAAGCACGACCGGGACCUGCUGGUCGGCGCGGCCCGCCACGGCCUGAGCCGCACCGACUUCUACAUCCUCAACGACCCGCAGCUCAGCUUCCUGGACGCUCACAGGAACUACGUCAGGCGGCACCCCGCUCAUCUUUAUCCCCACAGCCAUCAUCACCCUCACCACCCUGGGAUGGCGGCGUCUUCGUCCCAGCUUCCUCACUGCUGCCUGUACGAGUCGGGGCUCGGCCAUCACUCCCCUCAGCCUCCGGAGUAUCCGCACCAGGCCUCCAACCACCACCAGCAGCCGCCGCCCACGCCCUCGCCCUCCUCUUCCUCAUCCUCCUCCUCUCACCCCCACCUUCAGCCUCCGCCGCUGGACGCCGGGGACUCCGGCUCGCCCAGCCUGGGCAUGGUACCGGGGUCGCGGGUGGACUUCCUGGACUGCGCUCCGUUGGAUGAGACGCUGGAGCUGGGGGCGCUGCACGGGGGGAAGGUCUCCAAGGACGCGCUCAACGGGUUCCCCUUCAACUCCGCCACCGGGGGUCAGAGCAUGCUCAACUCGUACGGAGUGGGCGGAGCCGACCUGGACGCGAACCUGAGGAGCGACGUCCUGGUUGGUGAGCAGGGGUCGUCGGAGGAAACGGGGCUGCUGGCGCCGUCGGUGGAGCUGGAUCAGCUACAGGCUCCCUGGGACAGCACGGAUCACACCAGUCCAGCUGAGCACAUGUUCAACGAGUCUGACCCCAUCCUCGGCCCCGCCGCCCUGGAGACGGGCUUCCUGGAGGAGGAGGAUGAGGAGGCUCCGGGGGGAGACAGAGGAGAGGAAGGAGGGACUCUGGAGGAGUGUUUAGGCCUCCCACCUUCAUCCUCUCCGUCUCACCCUUCGACGGGGGAUUCGGUGGAGCCGCUGUCGUCGAGCUACAUGCUCUUUAAGGACAUCGGAGUGAACGAAGAGGCCAGUCCGGAUCAAACGGACCUGUCGGCCAGUCCGCCGCUGCCCUACGUCCCACCUCCGCCCCUCUCUUUACCCGACAUCACCGCCCACGAGCCGCAGAAUGGCCUUGGUCACUCCAACGUCUCCAAGAGCUUGAUCCACCCAGCAGAGGAAGGAGACGACCAGGAAGGAGGCGCUGGGUUCGAAUUCGAAGACAAAGAUGAAGAGGAAGCAGAGAAGGAAGGUGCGGACCGUGGCGUCGGCAUCCUGGACGUUCCCCAGAUGGAGGACGGAGAACGGGAGCCGGAUAAGACGGAGGAGAUCCUGCAGCGGCUUUCUCCGGACCUCCAGGACGAUAACGAGGAUUUGUCCCAGGAGGUGCAGCCGUACCUGGGGAAGCUGGAGCAGGACGGCAGCUUGGCGUGUCCGGCGUCCAUCGAGGCGCCGCCAGAGGACGUGGACGGCCUGAUCCUGUAUCAGACCGAAGAGGAACGCUCGAUGGACAGUUCUCUUGACGCCGAGGCGUUUAUCCGGAACGAAACCGGAGAGUUUUUGGAAAUGAAGGAGAGCUCUCAAAGUUCUGGCGGCGGUUUUGGCGCGGAUCAGGUUAACGAGAUCUCCGAAGGUCGGCUGGACUGCGUCUCUCUGGGCGACGCUGCGGAGGAACCGAUGGAGGAUAAACCCGGUCUGAUGGCGCUGGCCGGGUCAGAGUUAGCAGAACCCAGAGAGCGUACCGUCUCAAUGGAUCCCGACCUGGACCGGAGUGAAACUUCGUCUUUCUCUCUGGAUCGGGAAAAUCUCCUGGAUCAAAAUGAAAUCAAGACUAAUUUGACUUUAAACAACGUCGAUGCAAAGUCACCGGAUCUUAAAUUCUCCAUCGAUGAAGAGAAGAAGCCACUACGGUUCGUGGUUCCGAAAACCGAGGCAGCAGAGGACGUCUGUCCAGACAGCUCCGACAUCAAGCAUUCCCGUUUCCUCUCCUUCCCCGUGAAGUCCGAGGACACCAAAGCCGAGCAACUGGAGUUUCCUUUGCGAGCGCCGUUGCUCGACGUCAAACCCGAAGACCUCAGCCUCUCCAUGAAGUCCGAGAGCUUCGACGUCAAACCCGAAGUCCUGCAGUUCGUUGCUUUCUCUGACGGCGGCAACAUCAAACCGGAAGUGAAGCCGGCUGACCUGCCGUUCGCCGUCUAUCCGGACGGCGCGAGGUUCAAGGCGGAGAUCAAACCGGAAGCUCUGAGGUUGGCCGGAUUUCCGGAGACGUCGGCCAUCAAGCCCGAAAGCAAACCUGACGCUCUGGAGUUCGUGGCAUUCCCAAACAGCUCUGGGGUCAAAGCCGAGGUGAAGCCGGAGGUUCUGGAGUUCACGACCUCGCCUGAGGUCAAGAUGGAGAUGAAGCGGGAGACGCUGGAGGCGGACAGCACGGUUCUGACGCCGAAGCUGGAGCAGGGCGAAGCAGCGGCGGAGAGUCCGCUGAAAGGCCAGGUGAAGGAGGAGAGGCCGAGCUCCCCGGUUCCUGCGGUGGAAGGAUAUCCCGGCAGUCCGAGGUUUGCAGCUCCGGCUUCCAUGUGUGAGAUUCCCGACGGCCUGCAUGAGAGCCGGGAGCCGACCAUCGCUCAGCUGCUGCAGGAGAAAGCGCUCUUCUCCUUCUCCGAGUGGCCAAAGGACAGAGUUAUUAUCAACCGGCUGGACAGCAUCUGCCACGCCAUCCUGAAGGGAAAAUGGCCGUCAUCGAGCGAGCAAUACGACUCCCCUGGCUCCGUGGCGGCUAACUCGUGCCUGGCUAACAGUUUAGCGCAGCACCACCACCACCGAGCCGGGUUCCUGCCCGGCGCUGCCCCCGGCGCCGGGCCGGGCCAGUCGCGGGUCCAGCUGGGCGGUCUGGGGUUCCCCGUCCCGCCGCCCCUCACACGACUUCCCAAGUACGUGCCGCGGGGCGCCGCUUGUGGGCGCGCAGCUUGGCGCCUCACCUCCUUGCCUCUCUUGCAGGAGAGGCUCGUGGCUCCUCCCUUCCUCCCUGAGCUCAAACGGGCCGGAGGUCGCCGGUCCUUUGACUAUGAAGCCGCAGCAGCUGCCGCGGCCGCUAAGAUCUUAGCAGGGAAGUCUGCGUCACCGAGCCACACGAGCGCCGCCGCUGCUGCCAGCAGCUCCAGUGAAGAGAAGGUGGCGGUGGUGGCCACUCCGCCCCACCGCGCUGGCGCCAUGCUGAACGGUUGGCAGGAAGCAGCAAUAGAUCUGACAAAAUCCUCUGGAGAAAUCAGCACCACGAGCGGCGCUGGGACGAACGAAGCAGCUGGAAUGGGCCACCCUAACGCCGGCGCUGGAGGCAGCCACAAGCUGCCGCCACUGCCGCCCAUCACGGCGCCGCUGCCCGGCUCGGUGGGGAUUGAUAUGUCCGGCAUUCUGCAGGCCGGGCUCAUCCACCCGGUCACAGGGCAGAUCGUUAACGGGAGCCUGAGGGGAGACGACUCCCUGAGGAGGAGGAGAGGGAGACGGAGAAACGUGGAGGCUCUGUACUCCGAGUUCGCCAAGAGCCGAGGGCUGCACCUGCCGGAGGCACAGGCUCGGGUUGAGGCCAUCAGCCACUCCUCCGUGUCGUCCUCCACCUCCUCGCCGUCCCCAUCUCCGUCCGAGCGGCCUGCUGGUCCUCCCACUCCCUCCUCCUCCUCCACCCCCACCCCCACCCAGACGCCUCCUCAGCCAGAGAUCGUGGCCAUCGACAGGGAAGCGGCCAGCAAAGGCCUGAUCGAGUGGCUGAGACAGAAUCCGGGCUACAGCAUGGAUCUGCCGGCCUUCGCUCACUCGGGAGCGAGUCUCCUGCACGGCUUUGUGGAGCGUCCCAAACAGAGGAGGCAUCGCUGCAAAGAUCCCACCAAGCUGGACAUCAACACUCUGACGGGGGAGGAGAGAGUCCCUGUAGUUCACCGAGGAACAGGACGCAGGCUUGGUGGCGCUAUGGCUCCGGCUAUCAAGGAGCUUUCCAGGUGGCUUGAUGCUAACUCUGAGUAUUUUGUCGCUCCAGACUGGGCGGACGUGGUCAAACACUCUGGUUUCCUUCCUGAGGGGAAGUUCUCUCGGAUCCUGACGGAACCGGUCAACCGGGACCCGGGUUCGCGUCGCCGUGGACGACGGCCGCGCAGCGAGAUGCCGAAGCCGCUCCUGUCCGUGUCGGACUCCGCCUCCACGGGCCUCGGCCCGCCGCUCUACAUGAACGGCGGCCUGAUCGGCAGCAUGGACUCCAUCGUGACCCUGCAGAACCUCCGCGGCGCCCUCCCCGGGAUCCCCAUCAUGGCGGCUGGAUUCCCACACGGAUUCACCGCGGGGAGCGGCGGGUCGGCGGCGGACGACGCCAAGAACGGGCUGAGCAUGCUGCCCAUGAUGCUGCACGGCAUCCCGCACCCUCACGGCGCCGCCGCCAUCCCGCAGCACGCCCUGUUCAGCGUCGGCACCAUGAUGGCGCACGCGCCGCCGCCGCACUCCACCGCCUCUGCUUCUGCAUCCACCGUCACCACGACAACUGCAGCAUCGGAGGCAGCCAGCCCGUCAUCGACGACCGCCACCGCUGAUCGAGAGAGCGGCGCCGACAAGGAGAAGCCAGCAGAGGGCGCCAAGCGGCCGACGGAGGCGGCAGCGGCCGUCAUCACCUCCACCAGCAGAGUGCAUCACACCUUCAACCCCUUCCUGAUCCCCGGCGUGUCGCACGGCCUGCUGUACCCUCACAUGUUCCUCCCCCACGGCGGCAUCAUGGCGCUGCCCGCCGUGACGCCGGGCGGCGCCGACGGCGCGCCGGGAAGCCCCAAAAGAAGGAGGAAACGGGCGAGGGAGGAGGAGGAGAGAGAGAGGGGCAAAUUGGGAGACGCGGAGGAGAGAGAAAGUACAGUUACCGUCACCGCGUCCUCGUCCGCCUCGCCGCCAAGCGAGGAGAGCCGGGCCGGCCGGGCGGAACCGGACUCCAUCAACCACGGAGAAAUAGCUGCGGCACCGGAGGAGAAGGAGGACGGGUCGGAGGAGACGGGGGACGAGGUGGACAGACGGGUUGGCGAGGCGGUGUAGGACAUCGUCUCCCUGCGUCUCACUGCAAAAACACAAAAUAUCAACAAAAUAUCAGCAAAUGUUUCUGUCCAGUUUCUACUGCAGAUAUCCAGUCACACUAAAAACUAAACCAAACUAGCUGAUGAAAAACUUUUCAGGAAGAAAUAAGAGCUUGUGUUACAUCAGGGUGUCCAAACCUUUUGGACUUGGGGACCAAAAAAAAACCUCUUUUACAGUGUAAUUCGGGACGCACCGAUCCAGAUUUUACCAAGACCGAUAUCUGAGGUCCAGUCGAUCAGAGGCAGAAAAAAAGCUGAAUUGACUUGAAUAGUUUCUUUUUUUAAAACAGACAUAAAUGUACCGAAUAACAAAUUAAUUUGACUCUGAAAUACAUAAAUAAAUAUCUUCACACGUUUGGUGAAACAUGUAAAAACAGCUUUAAUUUGUUCAGACAGUCCAGUGGAGUAGAACAGAAAAAUGUAAAAUAAGUAAGAAAGAAACUGAAAGUAUUUAAAAAUAAACUUUUAAAACCUUCAAAUGAAUCAGAAAGCGCAGUUAGGAAUUCUAAAUAUGAUGUAAAAUAAGUAAUAAAGCACAGAAUUAGACUGUAACAAUUAUUACCGAUACCGAUCAAGAUGUUUUUCAAUAUCGGGGCCGAUACAGAUAUGAAUAUGGGAUUGCUUCAGCUAUAAACAUAAUACUUCAAACAAAUGAAGUAUUAUGAAGUAUUUUAUUUUAAAUAAUUGUAGAGUCAAAACCAGAUUAUGAUGUUGCAGAUUUUUUUUAAUUAAAAUAAAUACUUAUCAGGUGUUUAUUGAAGAAAUACUAAGAAUUUUGUCAGUUCAGGUUUGGAACUGGAUAGAUUUUAUCUGUGCAAAAUAAAGGAAAUACUUUGUAUUGUAACAAGGUUUCAAUUGUAGAUUUCUAUUAUUGCAGUCUGGGGCCACAAAAAGUAAGUCCAGGAGCCGUAAAUGGCCCCUGAGCCACACUUUGAACACCAAGUGUUAAGUUAUGAAACAGUUCCAGUUCAACUGGUGGAUUAUUUUAUCAAUAUUUAUGAAUCAUUGACUUAAAACAAGCUCCUACAUUAUGCUGAAAAGUUAUUGUAAGUUAGUUUUGUUUUAUUUUUAGUGUAAUAAGAUAUUUCCACAAUAAACUAGACUAAAAUAUUUGGUACGGUUUUGUGUUUUUGCAGUGUAGUAAGUUGCUCUCUUCUCCGCUGAGCAGCCGUGUAAAGUUUGUGCCGAGUCUGUAAGUCAACGUCCAUGUAAAGACUUUUAUGAUGAUGAUGAUGAUGAUUAUAUUCAACUUGUUUAUAUACCAGGAACCCCCUCUGCCCCGCCCCCUCCACUCCACUGUAAAAAAAGAAAAGAAAACACGAGUAGAGUUAAAUAAUCUCCGUAUUCUUCCCCGUCAUCCUGCAUCCAGACUGAAAACAGAAGGGAGAACCGAAAGAAGGGAGCGAUCCAAAAUGGUUCCUCUGCACUGUAAAAACUUCACACCAAAACUAUUUUUUUUCAUCUGGUUUCUACUAAAAAUAUAUUCAUACAUUUGAAUUGAGACAAAACUAACUUGGAAGUAACUUUUUAGCAUUUUUUAGGUCAAUUACUGAGGACAAGUCCUGAAAUAAUCUGCUCAUAUUAUAAGUUAAAAUGUCUUGUUUCACCUGUAACUAUUUUUUUUCACCAAUAUUUGGGAAUUAAAACAGGAUGCUCAAAGUGUGGGCCGGGGGCCGUUUGUGGUCCAUGAAAUGAUUUUGUUCGGCCCUCUAGUCAAGAGUGGUUAAAAUUUGAUCAAGAAAGUAAACAAUUUACAAUCCAGAACAUUUGGAAAUUUUCUGUUUUUCUUUUUAAUGAUUUACAGAUUUCACAGAAAUUUUACUAUAAAAAAAAGACAUUUUUGCAUUUUUAAUUGGAUUAAUUUGUGGCACACUAAUAAUUUAAAUUUGCCAUUUUUUGCAAAACGUUUAGACACUACUGGUUUUUUACAUCUUGCUGUAAAGUUACAUAUAAGUUAGUUUGUCUUAAUCAAGUGUACAAAUAUAUUUGCACUAAAAACUAGACAAAAAAGUGUUGAUUUUGUUUGUUUUUGCAGUGUAAACAUGUGCAAUACUUAAAAGAAAACUGCCAUCCGAAUUAAUCUGAAAUAAAAUCCCACGCAGAUUUGACCGACGCUAAACCAUAAAAAGCUGCAGAAAAAUGUCUUCUAAAGUUCCUGCUUUCAGAAUUUUUAAUAAAAAAACUCAUUUUAAAGUGCAGCUGAUGCUAAUUAAAUCCAGAGUUUCUUAUUGUUUUUUUAGCUAAUACAUAUAUUAUGACAAAACAUAACAUUUAAAUAUGGAAGAGAAUUGGUGCCUCUUGGAAAACUUAAUAUUUAGACUUUGAUUGAAAUUAAAGACUAAAUUCUGAGAAAAAAAACUGAUUUUUUUUUUUAUGGCACUAAUCUUCUUCCAUACUAAAAGGCUGCACCUUAAACUUAAACGUUAUUUAGAUAUUUUUUCCACUGCUAACAUGAAAAGCUAAAUUAACUCCUGCUCUUUAAUUCAAAAGCAAAGAACAAUCAUGGGAUUUGUUUCGGAUCAAGCCACAGAGUCACUUUGGGAGAUCCCCCCCCUUUAAAAAAGUGGUCCAGUCCAAUCAGGAUCUCAGUCCGGCCACCAGGGGGCGGCAGCAGGCAGUUGUAGAUGCAAACAGUGGAUAGAAGAGGGCGAGUUUUCCUCCUGAAAUCUUUGGGAAAAGUGCAAAAAGACUCAAAUUUUGAUCUGAAUCUCCAAUUUGAGGUUUUGUCCUGAUUUUAGAAAAGAGAAAGAGAGAGACUGAACGCCUCGUUGUUUCCUCAGUUUGCAGUUCAAACAUGUAAUAUUUCAUCUGUAAAUCUCUCGCUGUACAUUGCUGUCUUUUUUUUAAGUGCUCCAUGUAUCUCUGUCCUGUUUCCGCCGGGAAGCAAACCGACUGUACUGUACAUUAAAAGGAUGCAAGUCGCUGGUUCUACUCCGAUUUUCACGACAGGGUGGAAAUGUUUCCGUCGACGGCUUUCCGUAUUUCUGGUUUUCAUCCAUGAAAACGUUUUAUUUUUUAUUUUUUGCACAGCGUCCUGUGAACAUGUUAUGUUUUAUCAUUAUUAUUUUUUUCCAUUGCGUCUUGUGAGCGACUGGGAGAAAGUUUGGAUGUGUGCAUGCAUGCGCACACUUUUUGCUGUGUUUCGUCCUGACAGGUCACAAAAAAAAGAAAAACUCCAUUGUUGUUGCCUUGUCACAAGUUUGUGGCUCCAUAUAAUUUAUUAUAUUUUCUGUUUUGUUUUUUUGUUUUUGCCAAACUUUCACCAAAUAUUAUUUUUCCUCAGUUUCAUUGUAUUCGUCAAAGUAAAAUGCCUUAUUUCUAGCUAGUAUGUCUUUGUAUAGCUAGUCUGUUACAUUUCCCCACCUGGUGGCGUUUUUUUGUUGCUGUUUUAUUUUUAUUUCUAUUUUUUUUUUUAUGGAGACCCAACAGAAACAAAACAUAGCGCAGUUUUUAA